AUGGAUGGUACUGAAGGUUUGGUUAGAGGUGCCUCUGUCACUGACACUGGUUCUCCAAUCUCUGUCCCUGUUGGUCGUGAAACCUUGGGUAGAAUUAUCAACGUUGUUGGUGAGCCAAUUGACGAGAGAGGCCCAAUCAACUCCAAGAAGAGAAACCCAAUUCACACUGAGCCACCAUCGUUUGUUGAACAAUCCACUUCUGCUGAAGUUUUGGAGACUGGUAUCAAGGUUGUCGACUUGUUGGCCCCUUACGCCAGAGGUGGUAAGAUUGGUUUGUUCGGUGGUGCCGGUGUCGGUAAGACCGUUUUCAUCCAAGAGUUGAUUAACAACAUUGCCAAGGCCCACGGUGGUUUCUCUGUUUUCACUGGUGUCGGUGAAAGAACCAGAGAAGGUAACGAUUUGUACCGUGAAAUGCAAGAGACCGGUGUCAUCAACUUCGAGGGUGACUCCAAGGUCGCCUUGGUCUUCGGUCAAAUGAACGAACCACCAGGAGCCAGAGCUAGAGUUGCUUUGACCGGUUUGACUAUUGCCGAAUACUUCAGAGACGAAGAGGGCCAAGAUGUCUUGUUGUUCGUUGACAACAUUUUCAGAUUCACCCAGGCCGGUUCUGAAGUGUCUGCUUUGUUGGGUCGUAUUCCAUCCGCUGUCGGUUACCAACCAACCUUGGCCACCGAUAUGGGUGCUUUGCAAGAGAGAAUUACCACCACCAAGAAGGGUUCCGUCACCUCUGUCCAAGCCGUUUACGUUCCAGCUGAUGACUUGACUGACCCUGCUCCAGCCACCACCUUCGCCCACUUGGAUGCCACCACUGUGUUGUCCAGAGGUAUCUCUGAAUUGGGUAUCUACCCAGCUGUCGACCCAUUGGACUCCAAGUCUAGAUUGUUGGACGCUUCUAUUGUUGGUAAGGAGCACUACGAUGUUGCUUCUAACGUUCAACAAACUUUGCAAGCUUACAAGUCUUUGCAAGAUAUCAUUGCCAUUUUGGGUAUGGAUGAAUUGUCUGAGGCUGACAAGUUGACCGUUGAGAGAGCCAGAAAGAUCCAAAGAUUCUUGUCUCAACCAUUCGCUGUUGCCGAGGUUUUCACUGGUAUCCCAGGUAGAUUGGUCAGAUUGGAGGACACUGUCAGAUCCUUCAAGGAAGUUUUGGACGGUAAGUACGACCACUUGCCAGAAAACGCUUUCUACAUGGUUGGUGGUAUCGAAGACGUUGUCGCCAAGGCUGAAAAGUUGGCUGCCGAAGCUAAAUAA